AUGACAUUCACCGCGCCCGCCCUCUUCUUCGGUCUCGGCGCCCGCAUCCUCCUCGAAAAGUUCUCCGCCGCCGCCGCCCCCGACCCCGCCGCGCCCCCCGCCAUCGGCGACCACGUCUUCGCCGGGGUCUGGCAGGGCGUCGGCCUCUACUACGUCCUCACCGAGCUCCCCCAGCUCGCGCUCGUCGUCGCGCUCGCCAUCGGCGCCAAGCUCGUCUACGACUACGCCCUCCUCGACGUCGACCUCACCCGCAGCGCAUGCACGCUCCUCGGCGUCGCCCUCGGCGUGCUCGUCACCGACGUCCUCUCCCAGCUCGUCGAGGACGCGGGCGACAGCCGCAUCCUCCAGCUCUCCGCUUCUCCCAAGCCCGCCCCCUCCUCCCGCGAGCGAGACCGCAGCAGACGGGAACGCGAGCGCGAGCGCGAGCGCGGGAGGGAGCGCCGCCUCUCCAUCACCGCGCCCCCCUCCAUCUCGCUCGCCUCCACCUCCGGCACGGUCUCCACCAUCGACCCCCACGGCGUCAUGACCCCGCUCGAGCGCGAGGUCGCCGAGCUGCGCGCGCGCGCGUCCCUCGCCGACACCGAGCGCCGCCGCUUCAAGGAGGAGCGCAAGUGGGCGUUGAGCAUGGGCAACAAGGCCCGCGCAUCCCAGAUGGCGUGGCAGGUCAAGCGCUACGCCGCACUCAUGGAGAGUUUCAAUAGGGAGGCGGACGCGAAGCUCAUACAAGCUGCGAGGUUGAGGGGGAACCCACGAGACGGCCCAUCGCAGGGCAAUCGUGUGGAAAUACCGUCCAACAAGGACUUUGUCGUCUCCACUGGCCGAUCCGACGUCCGCUUCGAACUUCGCAAGAAACGAUAGCAAUGACUGGAAUCAUAGCUGAAUGCUUCUUUUAUUGACUCUACAGUAGCCUCGCUGCGGCCUCAGCGCAUCAAGCGGAGUUUCCCCUCGCGAUAGCAAACCAGCGCCAGCGCCCAAGCGUCCCCGGCUAGAGGGAAUAACGGCACGGUGGGG